AUGGGUAAAAAAAAUGGAAGUGAUAAACCAUCCAUUAUGGUUUUGCAAGAAAAGGCUCCAAUUGUUACACCACAGCAAAAAAAUCAAGCACAAACGGCAAGCUUAAUGCAAAAUCAAGCACAACCGCAAAAAAUUAUGCAAGCUCCUGUUACAUCGGCACCGAAUGAAUCUAAACCAGAUUUUAAUUCCAUGAGCAAAGAAAAGACUUAA